AAAAUAAUAAUCAACAGAUCUCUACUGUUGCUAAUAAAAUAAAAUAAAGAAUAAAGAAUCUCUCGUUCGUUCAUUCUCAACAACUUAAUAUAAUGGCGAAACUUGGAGGAUUCAACCUUAUCCUGGUAGCCAUGGCGGUAGCCAUUAUCUCCGGCGAGCAGGUGGGCGCGCAGCUGGGAGGAGCCGCCCUAGGCGGGAAGGUAGGCGGGAGGAUUCCGAUCGAUGACGUGAAGACCAACGCGGAGAUUCAACAGCUGGGAAGGGACUGCAUCACGGAGUACAACAACGGCCUGAAGAAGAAGAACAAUCCGGCGAUUACGGCCAAGAUGCUCACCUUCUCGGAGGUGAUCAAGGCGGAGAAGCAGGUGGUGGCCGGAGUCAACUACUACCUCCGCAUCAAGGCCGCCAACUCCGCCACCGCCGUCUAUAAUUCCUUUCUCAAAACCCAGACCUGGGAAUCCCUCGCCCAACAAUUCAAUUCCGUCCAAUUCACCCACCCACUCGUCAACAAAAUCCUCCUCAAUCUUAAAGACACUUCCAAUGCGAAGCAAGCUCUGAAAUUCUUCCACUGGUCAGCCAAACUCGGCAGCUUUCGCCAUGGGGUUUCCACGUACUGCAUCACGGUUCACAUUCUCGUCAAGGCCAGGCUCAUCAAGGAUGCCAAGGCAUUGCUCGAGUCAGUGUUGACCAAACCCUCAUUGGGCAAUUCAGACGUUUUCGCAGUUCUUGAAUCACUGCUUGAAAGUUAUAGGAUCACUGAUUCUGUACCUUUCGUGUUUGAUUUGUUCGUUCAAGUUUGUUCUAAGCUGAGGCUGGUAGAUAGUGCUCUUGAUGUCUGCAAGUUCUUGGAUGAGAAUGGAUUCCUGCUUAGUGUUGUUAGCUAUAAUACUCUGCUUCAUGUGCUGCAAAAAUCUCAGAAGCAUGGUAUGGUUUGGGAUAUAUAUGGGGAUAUGAUUCAGAGAAGAAUAAACCCUAAUCAAACCACUGUUAAAAUUAUGGUUAGUGCUCUGUGUAAAGAAGGGAGGCUGCAAUGGUUUGUGGAUGUUGUGGGCAGGAUUCAUGGGAGGAGAUGUGAACCUGGGGUGGUUGUGAAUACUUGUUUGAUCCAUGGGAUGAUAGAAGAUGGCAGGGUUGAAGAUGGGUUAAUGUUGUUGAAGAGAAUGUUGCAGAAGAAUAUGAUAGUUGAUACGGUUUCUUAUUCUUUGAUUGUUUUUGGGAAGGUGAAGAUGGGUGAUUUGGAUUCUGCAUGGAAGGUUUAUGAUGAAAUGGUUAAGAGAGGGUUUGAAGGGAAUGCUUUUGUGUAUGAUGCCUUCAUUUCAGCAUACUGUGAAGAGGGAAGGGUGGAGGCUGCAAUUGAGGUGGUGCAGGAAAUGGAGAGGAUGAACAUGAAACCGUUCCUCGAGACAUUCAACAGCCUCAUAAAGGGUUGUUCAAAUGCAGAAAGGUUAAAGGAAGGCUUGGAGUUUUGCGAGAAAAUGACGCAGAUGGGGCUUGUUCCUAGCUGUUUGGCUUUCAAUGUACUGGCAGAAAAGCUCUGUGAAAAUGGCAAUGCAAAGGAGGCUGAUGAGAUGUUGACUGUCCUGUUAGAUAAAGGGUUCGUUCCUGAUGAAAAUACAUACUCUCAGCUUCUUGCUGGUUAUGCAAAAGAAGGUGACACUGAAGCAACACUCAAGCUUUAUUAUGAGAUGGAGUAUAGGUCAAUCUCUCCUAAUUCUUCUUCGUUUUCUUGGUUGAUAAUUGGUCUUUGUAAACAUGGAAGACUAAGUGAAGCAGAUAAGUAUCUAGGUUUAAUGAAAGCACAAUGCUCAACUCCAAGUUCAGAUGUCUACAAACAAUUGAUUUCUAGCCAUUUGGAGAAGGGGAAUCUAAGUAGAGCAGAUCAGCUGUAUAGAGAAAUGGUAGUGAAGGAUUGAAGACAUAGAAUUAUGCAUUUUCCAUCAAGACUGGAAAUUUUAGUUAUAAUAAGUGCUUAUCAGACAAGCAUGCUUAAUCUUUUGAUGAGAAUUUACGAGUUUGUGUCACAAAUGUGUAUAUGACUGUUAAUGAAGCAUACAAAGUUAUAUUUCUUAUUGUCAAAA